UGCAUCCUCACUGGUCGAGUCAACGUCACCGAACUUCUUCUCCGGUAAUAGCCACCCGAGCUACAAGCUCGGAAAUAUGCCGUCGUGUAACCGGUCGCCCUUUGAGGGGUUAUAAGAGUUGCAUCGCGCACACUUGACCUGAAACUCUACUACUUCACUAUUCUCUUCAACAUGACGGUCCAAACACUGGCGGUCGCCGUCAUUACGGUGGUGUACUUCCUUAUUCGCUAUUUCAACCGUACCGAUAUCCCCAAGAUCAAGGGCCUUCCGGAGAUUCCUGGUGUGCCCAUCUUUGGCAACCUCCUACAGCUGGGAAACCAGCAUGCGACAGUGGCUGGGAAAUGGGCCAAGAAGUUCGGCCCCGUCUUCCAAGUGCGCAUGGGAAACAAGCGUAUUGUCUUCGCCAACAGCUUCGACUCGGUUCGCCAGCUGUGGAUCAAGGACCAGUCGGCGUUGGUCUCUCGUCCCACUUUCCACACCUUCCACAGCGUUGUGUCGAGCUCGCAGGGUUUUACCAUUGGUACUUCUCCAUGGGAUGAGUCUUGCAAGCGCCGCCGCAAGGCUGCGGCCACUGCGCUCAACCGACCGGCGACGCAGUCAUACAUGCCGAUCAUUGACCUCGAAUCCAACUCUAGUAUCAAGGAAUUGUACCGGGAUAGCAAGAAUGGCACAAUCGAUGUGAACCCCACUGCAUACUUCCAACGGUUUGCCCUCAAUACCAGUCUGACUCUCAACUACGGAUUUCGCAUUGAGGGUAAUGUGGAUGACGAGUUGCUGCACGAGAUUGUGGAGGUGGAGCGUGGCGUGUCCAACUUCCGCAGUACGUCGAACAACUGGCAGGAUUACAUCCCCUUGUUGCGAAUCUUCCCUAAGAUGAACAAUGAGGCUCAAAACUUCCGUGCUCGUCGUGACAAGUACUUGACCUAUUUGCUUGACAUGCUCAAGGACCGUAUUUCAAAGGGUACCGACAAGCCCUGCAUUACUGGUAACAUUCUCAAGGACCCCGAAGCUAAGCUAAAUGAUGCUGAGGUGAAAUCGAUCUGUUUGACUAUGGUGUCGGCUGGCCUCGAUACAGUUCCGGGCAAUUUGAUUAUGGGAAUCGCCUAUCUCGCAUCCGAAGACGGUCAACGGAUUCAGAAAAAGGCCUACGAUGAGAUCAUGGAGGUCUACCCCGACGGUGACGCUUGGGAGAAGUGUCUGAUCGAGGAGAAGGUCCCUUACGUGACUGCUCUGGUCAAGGAAAUUCUCCGAUUUUGGACUGUCAUCCCUAUCUGCCUGCCACGAGUGAGCACCAAGGAUAUCCAGUGGAACGGCGCUGCUAUCCCCGCUGGAACUACUUUCUUCAUGAACGCCUGGGCUGCUGAUUAUGACGAGGACCACUUCAAGGAUGCUCACAAAUUUAUUCCUGAGCGCUAUCUUGAGCUCAACGAGGGCUCGGGCACUCCACACUACGCAUAUGGCGCAGGCUCCCGUAUGUGUGCGGGUUCCCAUCUCGCCAACCGUGAGCUGUUUACUGCCUUUAUCCGUCUGAUCACUGCUUUCAAGAUGCAUCCGGCGAAGGAGGCUGCUGAUUUGCCGAUCUUGAACGCCAUCGAGUGCAAUGCCAUUGCUACUGCACUGACGACCGAGCCCAAGCCAUUCAAGGUUGGCUUCAGCGCACGCGACCCUACGAAGCUAGAGCAGUGGAUUGCAGAGAGUGAUGAGCGCACCAAAGAUCUAUGAGAGGGUGUCGCUUGAAAUGUUCCUUUUCCUCUGGGCGAGGCCUUGUAUAUACUUCCAAAAUAGUAACGACGCCAAGGAAAUGCAAAUAUAGAUUGUAAUUCCGUAAAAGACCAAGCC